GGGGCCUCGGCCCCCGACACCCCCCAGGGCUGUGCCCGCGGCAGCUGCUACCCGGCCACCGGGGACCUGCUGGUGGGACGAGCCCCCCGCCUGAGUGCCAGCUCCACCUGCGGGCUGCGCCGGCCCCAGCCCUACUGCAUCGUCAGCCACCUCCAGGAGGAGAAGAAGUGCUUCAUCUGUGACUCCCGGCGGCCCUACGAUGCCCGCACCGAUGCCAACAGCCACCGCAUCGAGAACGUGGUCACCACCUUCGCCCCCCGCCCCAAGAAAGCCUGGUGGCAGUCAGAGAACGGUGUGGAGCAUGUCAGCAUCCAGCUGGACCUGGAGGCCGAGUUCCACUUCACCCACCUCAUCAUGACCUUCAAGACCUUCCGCCCCGCGGCCAUGCUGGUGGAGCGCUCGGCCGACUUCGGGCGCAGCUGGAAGGUCUACCGCUACUUCGCCUACGACUGCGCCACCGCCUUCCCCCACGUCCCCCGCGGGCCCCCGCGCCGCAUCGACGACGUCGUUUGCGAGUCCCGCUACUCCGACAUCGAGCCCUCCACCGAGGGGGAGGUGAUCUACCGGGUGCUGGACCCCUCCAUCCCCAUCCGGGACCCCUACAGCCCCGCCAUCCAGAACCUGCUGCGUGUCACCAACCUGCGGGUGAACCUCACCAAGCUGCACACGCUGGGGGACAACCUGCUGGACUCGCGGCGGGAGAUCCGGGAGAAGUACUACUACGCUCUCUACGAGCUGGUGAUGCGCGGGAACUGCUUCUGCUACGGGCACGCCUCCGAGUGUGCCCCGCUCAGCGGGGCCCCGGCCACCACCGAUGGCAUGGUGCAUGGGCGCUGUGUCUGCAAGCACCACACGCAGGGGCUGAACUGCGAGCGCUGCGAGGACUUCUACCACGACCUGCCCUGGCGCCCGGCCGAGGGCUCCAGCACCAACGCCUGCCGCCGCUGUGACUGCAACGAGCACUCCCGGCGCUGCCACUUCGACAUGGCCGUCUUCCUGGCCACGGGCAACACCAGCGGGGCCGUGUGUGAUGGCUGCCAGCACAACACCAUGGGGCGCCGCUGCCACCUCUGCAAGCCCUUCUACUACAAGGACCCCAGCAAGGACCUGCGGGACCCCGCAGUGUGCCGAGCCUGCGACUGUGACCCCGAGGGCUCUCUGGACGGGGGGCUGUGCGAUGGCGCCGACGACCCAGCCCGGGGGCUGAUUGCAGGGCAGUGCCGCUGCAAGGAGCACGUGGCUGGUCCCCGCUGCGACCGCUGCAAACCCGGCUUCUUCGGCCUCAGUGCCGCCAACCCGCAGGGCUGCCAGCGGUGCCAGUGUGACCCCCGUGGCACGGUGGCUGAGGGCAGCCGGUGUGACCCCAUCAGCGGCGAGUGCUUCUGCAAGCGGCUGGUGACCGGGCGCAGCUGUGACCAGUGCCUGCCCGAGUACUGGGGGCUGAGCCACGACCUCCCGGGCUGCCGGCCCUGCGACUGCGACGUGGGAGGUGCCCGCAACCACCUGUGUGCCGUGGAGACGGGGCAGUGCCAGUGCCGCAGCCAUGUGGUGGGACGGCAGUGCGGCCAGGUGGAGCCUGGUUUCUACCGCAUCAACCUGGACCAUUACACCUACGAGGCUGAGGAUGCUCGACUGCAUCAGGGCUCUGUGGUGGAGCAUGAACCCCCCAUGGACCAUCCAGCUUCGUGGACAGGAACGGGCUUUGCCCGCAUGCUGGAGGGUGGCUGGCUGGAGUUUCAUGUGAACAACGUGCCUUUCUCCACUGAGUAUGAUGUGAUCAUCCGCUAUGAGCCCCAGCACCCGGAGCCCUGGCAGGAGGUGAGGGUGAGAGUGCUGCGCCCCAGCCCCGUCUCCGCCAGCAGCCCUUGUGGAAACACCAUCCCAGCUGAUGACCAGCUCUCCACCAGCCUCCCCUCGGGUGCCAGGUACGUGGUGCUGCCCCAGCCCUUCUGCCUGGAGCGGGGCGUCUCCUACACCCUCCGCCUGGAGCUGGGCUGUGCCACUGCUCGGCAGGAUCCCACCGCCAGCGUGCUCAUCGAUUCGCUGGUGCUCGUGCCCCGUUACUCCUCGCUGGAGAUGUUCAUCGCGGGCGACCCCGGCUCCGUGGAGCGACGGGAGACCUUUGAGCGGUACCGCUGUGCCCAGCCCUUCCACACCGCGGGGCCCUCGCCGGUGGCUGAGCCCUGCUCCAGCCUCCUGCACAGCCUCUCGGCCAUCCUGCACGAUGGAGCGCUGCCCUGCCUCUGCGACCCCCAGGGCUCGCUCAGCGCUGAGUGCCAGCCCCAGGGCGGCCAGUGCCGGUGCAAACCCAACGUCAUGGGACGGCGCUGCCACCGCUGCUUCCCGGGAACCUUCGGUUUUGGGCCCGGAGGGUGCCGAGCGUGCCAGUGCAGCAGGGAGGGCUCGGUGAGCACCGUCUGCGACAGCACCACGGGUCAGUGCUCCUGCCGCGAGGGUGCCCACGGCCUGCGCUGUGACCGCUGCCAGCCGGGCUACUGGGGCUUCCCUGCCUGCCGGCCCUGCCAGUGCAACGGGCACGCCGAGGACUGCGACCCCCGGACGGGCAGCUGCCUGCGCUGCCGGGACCACACGGACGGCGAGAGGUGCCAGAGGUGUGUGGCCGGGCAUUUUGGGAACCCGUCGCUGGGCUCUGGGCAGCACUGCCGGCCAUGCCCCUGCCCUGAAGGGCCGGGCAGCCUCCGCCAUUUCGCCGCCUCCUGCUACCAGGACAGCCAGUCCCAGCAGGUUGUUUGCCACUGCAGCCCUGGCUACACAGGUCCCCGCUGCGAUGAGUGUGCCCCCGGGUACUAUGGGGACCCCCUGCAGCCUGGUGGGCGCUGCCUGCCCUGCCAGUGCCACGAUAACAUCGACAUGACGGACCCGGAGGCGUGCGACCGGCGCACGGGACAGUGCCUGCGCUGUCUCUACAACACGGCGGGGCCACAGUGCGCCGAGUGCCAGCCUGGCUACUACGGGGAUGCCACACGGCACAGCUGCAGGCGUUGCUCCUGCAACACAUUGGGCACUGACCCCAGCACCUGCGGGCCCCAGCAGUGCCAGUGUGACAGGCGCAGUGGGCAGUGCCACUGCCUGCCCCAUGUGGAGGGCCAGAACUGCGACCGCUGCAGCCCCAACUUCUGGAACCUGGGUAGCGGGCAGGGCUGCCAGCCCUGUGCCUGCCACCCCCAGCAUUCCCUGACACCCGCUUGCAACCAGUUCACAGGGCAAUGCUCGUGCCGGCCAGGCUUUGGGGGCCGGACCUGUGCCGACUGCCAGGAGCACCACUGGGGUGACCCACGGCAGCAGUGCCGAGCCUGUGACUGCGACCCCCGCGGUGUUGCCAGCACUCAGUGUGACCGCGGCAGUGGCCACUGUGACUGCCGGCCCGGCAUCUCCGGAGUCCGCUGUGACCAGUGCGCCCGUGGCUUCUCCGGCACUUUCCCCGCCUGCCAGCCCUGCCACCCCUGCUUUGGGGACUGGGACCGGGUGGUGCAGGACCUGGCUGCCCGCACCCGGGCGCUGGCGCAGCGGGCCAGCCUCCUGCAGCACACCGGGGCCGCCGGCGUCUUUGAGGGCACCUUCCGGCGGCUUGAAGAGAACCUGGCCACCGUGCGUAACGUGGUGGCUGCCCGCAAUGCCACCGCCGCCACUGCUGCCCACCUGACGCACACCACGGAGGGGCUGCGGCAGCAGAUCGGGGAGGCAACGGAGAGGCUGACACGGCUGGAAGGGGAGCUGACAGCCGCCCAGGAUGCCAACUUCAACGCCAGCCACGUGCUGAGCGCGGUGGACCGGGGUGCCCGUGCCCUCAACCACAGCCUGCAGGACCUGGAGCAGCGGCUGGAUGCUCUCAAGACCUCUAAUUUCCUCGGUGCCUACGACAGCAUCCGCCAGUCCCACGGGGAGUCACGGGAGGCUGAGCGCCGGGCGGACGCCUCCACCCGCGCUGUGCCCAGCCCUGUCAGCACCUCGGCAGCCACCCGGCACCGCACCGAGCAGCUCCUGGCCAGCCGGCGGGAUGACUUCAACCGCCAAAACGCAGCCAGCCGGCGGGCACUGAUGGACCUGGCGACGCGAGCGCAGGCACUGAGCCUGCACCCGCUCAAUGAGAAGGUCUGCGGUGCAGUGGGUGACGUGCCCUGUGCUGAGAGCCCCUGCGGGGGAGCCGGGUGUCGGGACGAGGACGGGGGGCGGCGCUGCGGGGGUCUGAGCUGCGGCGGGGCCGUGUCCACAGCCGACAGCGCGCUGGACCGGGCACGCCAUGCCCAGGAGGAGCUGCAGCGGGCAGCCAGCGACGUGGUCCAGCUCUCCCACAAGGUGGCAGAAGCCAAAGGGAAGGCAGAUGAGGCCCGGCUGCGGGCGCAGGCAGCCCUGGACAAGGCAAACCAGACCAGGGCCCGGGUGGAGAGCUCCAACAAGGAGCUGCGGGAGCUCAUCAGCCAAGUCAAGGCCUUCCUGAGCCAGGAGGGGGCCGACCCCGAGAGCAUCGAGGUGGUCGCCAGCCGGGUGCUGGAGCUGUCGCUCCCCGCCGCGCCGGCCCAGAUCCGCCGCCUGGCUGAGGAGAUCAAGACACGGGUGCGCAGCUUGGCCAGUGUGGAUGCCAUCCUGGAGCAGACGGCGGGUGAUGUGCGCCAGGCAGGGCAGCUGCUGCAGGAUGCCCAGCAGGCCAGGUCACGGGCAGAGGGUGUGCGGGGCACGGCUGAGGCGGUGCAGCAGGCGUUGGAGGAGGCACGGCGAGCCCAGGGCAUGGCUGAGGAGGCGCUGCAGCAUGCUGCCAGUGACAUCCAGCACAGCGAGAGAGCCCUUGGCACGAUGCAGGACCAGACAGCGAGCGCAGAGCAGUGGCUGGCAGGUGCCAUGGGGCGGCUGGGGGUCCUGGAUGGACAGACAGACGCCCUGAAGGUGAAACGUGCCAACAACAGCCUGGCAGCCACGCGUGCCCAGGAAGCUGCCAGUGCCGCACGGGACCGAGCCAGCGAGGCCAAGCAGGUGCUGGAGGGGCCGCUGCGGGACCGUUACCGGACGGCGCAGGAGCUGGUGCAGCACCGGGCGCAGGGCGCGCGGCAGGCGGGCAGCCGGGCGCAGCAGUUGCGGGAUGAGGCCGCUGGGCUACUGCGGGACGCCCAGGGCAAGCUGCAGCGGCUGCGAGCUCUGGAGGAGGCAUAUGAGCGGAACGAGCGGGUGCUGGACGCCAAGGCGGCCCAGCUGGGCGGGCUGGAGGCCAGGAUGAGGGAGGUGUUGGCCACGAUCAACCAGCAGGUCCAGAUCUACAACACC